AAUAUGUAAAAAUAUUAAGAUUUGUACACUUUACUGUAUAUACUCACUUUAAUAAUUAAAAAAAGAGGCUAUAGUGAGAAUAUGGCAAUGCUAGAUCACUUUAGAUGAGAAAAACCAGCAGGGGUAAUUAUGAAAGAGGUACUUUAAAAGAGUUUAAAAGGAGUAUGAGAGGAUCCAGGAGAAAAAUUAUGAAAUGUAUAAUUUUUUCUUUGGUCAAAAUGGCUUUUAUAUAAUUGUCUUGCAAAGGCAAAUGUGAAAUUAAGGCUGUCACGUCAUGCUGUUUCACAGUUUGGUCACAAAAUUAUGCCCCAAGCACUCCACCUAUUCAUUAGUUCUUUGUCCUAAGAAUUAGUGCAUAGUUGCAAAUUGUAAUCUAAAUUUUGAUCAGUAGAAUACAUAAUAUUUUAUGAACACAAUAGAUUUUUUUGGAAAAUUCUAAUCAAAUCCUUCUUUCAUCAUUGUGAAAUGUGGUCCUUGUUAAAGAGAAAUGGCUGUGUGGUCUUUUCACCUGUGAGAAGCUAAUUGCAAUUGGAUAAUGAGGACUGCUCUAAUUCCUUUGGCUGCAAGGUUUUUAAUGCAAUGAGCUAAGAAAAGCCUUCUUUGUGUUCCCUGUGGCUGUGAGGUAAUGCCCCCAAAAAGUCUUAUGAGGCUUACUCACAUCUUUACCUUGUCCUCUCCUUGUGGCAGUAGGGCCAUAGGGAUCCUAGUAUGAAAACUCUCGAGGCAAGUGGAAGAGACAUAUGAGGGAUCGCCGUCAGUGAAAGCUGACGGUAGAGGAUUAGUCACUCUGCAGCCUUUCACAGUUGAGAUUUCUGACAACUUCAGUUCACUUUGUCAGAGGAAGUGGAUUACUGUUCUGGGGACAAAGGCUGAAAAACAGAGUGGGUAUUCUCUUCUGGGAAGCUGGCAACAAAUGGAUGAUGUGAUACGUGCAUUCCAAGGGAAAGUAAAUUGUGAUGCUUUUGAACCCAUGGUCAGUUAACAAGGCAGUUUCUAGCUACUGAACGUACUGUAAAAAGCAGGACUCUAAACGCUUUGGAAUCAUGGUGUCAUGGAAAGGGAUUUACUUUAUACUGACUCUGUUUUGGGGAAGCUUUUUUGGAAGCAUUUUCAUGCUGGGUCCCUUUUUACCUUUGAUGUUUGUAAACCCAUCUUGGUAUCGCUGGAUCAACAACCGCCUUGUGGCAACCUGGCUCACCCUCCCUGUGGCACUAUUGGAGACCAUGUUUGGUGUAAAAGUGAUCAUAACUGGGGAUGCAUUUGUUCCUGGAGAAAGAAGUGUCAUUAUCAUGAACCAUCGGACAAGAAUGGACUGGAUGUUCCUGUGGAAUUGUCUGAUGAGAUACAGCUACCUCAGAUUGGAGAAAAUUUGCCUCAAAGCCAGUCUCAAAAGUGUUCCUGGAUUCGGUUGGGCCAUGCAGGCUGCUGCCUAUAUCUUCAUUCAUAGGAAAUGGAAGGAUGACAAGAGCCAUUUUGAAGACAUGAUUGAUUACUUUUGUGAUAUCCAUGAACCACUUCAACUCCUCAUAUUCCCAGAAGGAACUGAUCUCACAGAAAAUAGCAAGGCUCGAAGUAAUGAGUUUGCUGAAAAGAAUGGACUUCAGAAAUAUGAAUAUGUUUUACAUCCAAGAACUACAGGCUUUACUUUUGUGGUAGACCGUCUAAGAGAAGGUAAGAACCUUGAUGCUAUCCAUGAUAUCACUGUGGCGUAUCCUCACAACAUUCCUCAGUCAGAGAAGCACCUCCUCCAAGGAGACUUUCCCACGGAAAUCCACUUUCACGUCCGCCGGUAUCCAAUAGACACCCUCCCCACAUCCAAGGAGGACCUUCAACUCUGGUGCCACAAGCGGUGGGAAGAGAAAGAAGAGAGGCUGCGUUCCUUCUAUCAAGGGGAGAAGAAUUUUUGUUUUACCAGACAGAGUCUCAUUCCACCUUGCAAGUCUGAACUCAGGGUCCUUGUGGUCAAGUUGCUGUCUAUACUGUAUUGGACCCUGUUCAGCCUUGCAAUGUGCCUGCUCAUAUAUUUGUACAGUCUUGUUCGGUGGUAUUUUAUAGUUACUAUCAUAAUCUUCGUGCUGCAGGAGAGAAUAUUUGGUGGACUGGAGAUCAUAGAACUUGCAUGUUACCGAUUUUUACACAAACAGCCACAUUUAAAUUUAAAGAAAAAUGAGUAAGAUUAUAAGGUUUACCAUGUAAAAACCUAGGGCAUAUUUUGGAAAUGUUCUAAACCUUUGUAAGCUCAGAUGCAUUUUUGCAUGACUAUGUCGAAUAUUUCUUACUGCCAUCAUUAUUUGUUAAAGAUAUUUUGCACUGAGUUUUGUGGGGAAAAUAUUGCUACAAUUUUUCUUAAAUCUCUGAAUGUAAUUUCGAUACUGUGUACAUAGCACGGGGUAAUCAGGGUGAAAUAACUUGGGCUAGAAUAUUAUUAAACAAUCUUCAGGCUUUUAGCAGACAAGGAACACACAUAUUUUUCUUAAAGGCCCAAUCCUAACAGACUCCCCAUACCAGAGGCAGAUCUGAAACUCAUGAACAAUGGCCAGAUCACAUGCUGUUAUUGGACUGCCCGGGUUAUCUCACUGAGGUCAAGUGUUCCUCCAGGUACCCAGGCAGGUGGUGCCCAGGCUCCAUCCCUUGGCACACUUCUUCCUGCGCCAGACAAACCCAUCUCAUCCUUAAGAUCAGAGACCAGAGAACUCCCUUGUCAUGAAACUGAUCAAGCAUUUUGACAGGAAGCCCUUCAUUAUUCAUAACAUCAUGUGCUGACCAAGAUGUCAGAAGACCAGCUGUGCCCUUUUCUCUCGUGGAAGAUAAAACCUGGACUCAGGGAGCAACCACAGGCUCUCCACUUUGAAACUUGGUUUGAAUUUUAAAAGAUAGGAAGUAAUAUGGUUGAAGUUCCUUUCUCACAUUCAGUAUUGCAUGCUUAGUGCUGGUUUCCUUACAUUUUGGCAGGUGUAGCUUUUUCUGUUAAAAAUGGUAUACAUGAAGUCACAUACUUUUAUAAAGGAACACUUAGAACAUUCUGUUAUUCCAGUCAGAAACUGUCUUUUGAAAUAUUUCUUUACAACCUACCAAAAAAGGAAGGUUGUUUUUUCUACAUGUGCAUGGGUAUCUAACAUCUACCAUUAAAACAGCAGAUGGCUUGCAGACAGGGUGGUAAUGGUUUAUCCUAAAUUAUUCAACCCCUUGGAGCCUUGACAAAUAUUACUUUUAAAAUCAAAGUAAAAACACAAAAAUUAAUCCUUAAUGAUAGCAAGGGAUCUCUUUAGUUUUAGCCUUCCUCUUUCAAUAGUAGUAUCUCGACCCACUUGUGACCAAUUGUUUGCCCAAAUAUUCUUGUCAUUUGGACUCAGUGGAAAAUCCAGCGCACCAACAAGCACCAGUGUCCUUCUGAGGCAAAAGAAAAGUGUUGUCAUUUUCAUUCUGUUGGCGCUCUACACUCUUUGGUUUUUUUUUUUUUUUUGUCAUGUGAGAGGGAUGCUGGUCAGAGCUGCAGAAAAUAGGCAAUUAGCAGUCUUAAGCUUUUAGCAAAACUGUCAGUUUUACUUCUGCAUUGAACCAGCCUCAGAAGCUACUUACUGCUUUAUACUGUGAGGUAUGAAGGCCUUCUCAAUAAUCGCAUCUGCAUUGCCAUGAUAAGUAAACACAUCAUGACCUGAACUUAUCAAGCAGAUUCUCUGAGAAAGCACCGGUUGAGGCUGAACACUGUUAACACAUCAUUUUUAUUGGAAGAGUAUUAACUGCUGCCUCUUCUGAAACACACCAAUCCAUAUUCAGCUGUUCCCUUUCUAAAGCUGUUUCUAAUCCUCUGGGAGCUACUAAUUAGUUAUUAUGCACAUCUGCUCCAGACCCAGCUAUUUAACUUCAUGGUUUUAAGGCUUGUUUUCUUCUUAAACAAAAAAAACAAAAACAAAAACAAAAAACACCUUUUUUUGUUAUUUCCCUUUAAUAAAAGAGUUUUCUAAUUUAUGUUUCUCUAAGAUUUCCUUUGGUUGUAUUUGGAAACACAAAUAUUUUAAUAGCCAGGAUUGCAUUUGUGCUGGGUAAAACAGGAGAGCUGUGCUUUCUACCCCAGCGUUGGUAAUGGAGCCCGUCUGCCCUUCCUACAGUCAUGAGACUCCUUGUUCGAGGUAACAACAUUUAAUUGCAUGUCCUCUUUAACUGAAACCUUUAGAAGGGAAAAACCUUCGUUUUUUAAAAUUUUGUUCCUUUUCAUCAUAGAAAACAUGUUUAAGAUAAAAUACAAGCUUGAUUUUACCUACCCCAAAUUCAUAAAGUGCAUUUAGUGCUGUACAGCUAAAGCACUAAACUUAGGGAUACAGACACUGUACCCGGUUUUUAAGAAUUAGAGAUAGUAAUUCCAAAAAUAAUGAAGUCCUUUUUUUUUUUUUUUGCAAUAAGGCUCUCUUAAAAAAUGUCAUUAUUUGUGUUUUCCUAUACAUUCAUCUGUGUGAAAGCAUUUUUCUUCUCUGAUUUAAAAAAAAAUUAAAGAACUAUACAGUUAAUGGUCUGGGACUUGGUACUACUUAGAAUUAAUGCUAAUGUGUCAAGAAGAAAUUAAUUUAGCUUCAAUAAUUGGCCUCAGGAAUUGUCCCUUCCACACUUGCCCACUUCACCGCACCAGAGCCAGAGCAGCUGCUUGUCUGCAGCAAGACACAGUUCCUGUGUUCGUAGUUUCAGUCCUUUCUUGGUAAGCUCAAUGGACUUUGAAAUGUUUACAGUGCUGUAUGUCCAGUUGCUAAAUGUACCAUUCUGAACGGUGUUAAAGCGAGUGUAGUUUAUUUAUGACAGGAACCAUGCUACUUGAAAUACGAACUUAGAAGGAGGGGCACUGAUUAGGUAACAAGUUCUUACACCAGACUUCCUUCAUGAAACAAGCCAAAAUAAUGCUAAAAUUCAUUAGAAGAACUUGGUAAAAGACUGAAAUAAAUGUUAGAAAAAGCCCAUAAUUUAAGACUCCUAUAAAAUCCUUCCUUGUUAUAUGCUAUUAAAACUCAGAUUCAAGGGAAAUAACAGCUUCCACUUGAGUCACUUUGAAACUAGUUAAUUCAACAGCACCGUGUUAGAAAUCAUUUAUUGGUAGCCAAGACUGAACUCUCCAGAAACAUUUGUUUCACCCGGACUUCAAACUAGACCCCUGACUAUGAUGCCCCUGUGUCCUUUUUUCUAUAAAGACUCCAACGGAGGGAGCCUGUUGGUGUUAAAUUGUUUACAUUUCUUUAUACAAAUAAUGUGCUUUCAGUGCCUUAGUUACAGCUCCCUUUCUUUUUCUUGUUCCAAGGAUUCUGUAGUAUGUAGUGUGUUUCUUAGGGAAAGUCUUUUGCUACUGAGAGGGAAAUGUUCUCUACACAGUGGACACUGUAGCAGGUAAACACUAACAUAUGAAGGAGUGAGCUUCAUGCUGAGGUAGUGGUUGCCUUGGAGCUGUUUUUUUUUUUUUUUUUUUUUUGAGACGGAGUUUCGCUCUUGUUACCCAGGCUGGAGUGCAAUGGCGUGAUCUCAGCUCACCGCAACCUCCGCCUCCUGGGUUCAGGCAAUUCUCCUGCCUCAGCCUCCUGAGUAGCUGGAAUUACACGCACGCGCCACCAUGGUUUUGCUACCUGAUAAGCUUCAGAUUAGAUAUAGCCCUAAAGUUAUCCUGUACCUACAUUAGAUUUUUAUUUCAGAAGAGAAACUUGGUUUUAGUAAUUCAUUUUUUAAGAUUAUGUGCAAAACACCAAGUUUUAAAAAUAACUCACAGAAUGGCCUUAGCUUUCAAUGUCCGAUGGUAUAUUUGUGAGUUGUGUUACCUGUAAUAUACAUCCCAGAAUAAAGGAGUGAAUUAAA